AUGUCGGUAGAUUCUUCUCUAUCAAAUGCUUCAGGAGCAGAGAGUUUAGCCAUCCAACUGCAGAAGCUUUUGAUCUUGGAUGCUCGCUCCUAUGCAGGAGCUGUGGCAAACCGAGCCAAAGGAGGAGGCUGCAAAUGCCCAGAUUAUUACCCGAACUGUGAAGUUGUGUUUAUGGGGAUGGCAAACAUUCAUUCUAUCCGGAGGAGUUUUCAGUCUUUGAGGUUGCUGUGCACACAGACGCCAGAUCCUGGAAAUUGGCUUUCAGCUCUUGAAAGCACAAAGUGGCUUCGUCACCUAUCUGUGCUUUUGAAGUCAGCCCUUCUGGUGGUGCAUGCUGUGGAUCGUGACCAGCGACCUGUACUAGUGCACUGUUCAGAUGGCUGGAACCGCACUCCUCAGAUUGUGGCACUGGCUAAGCUCUUGCUGGACCCUUAUUACGGAACCAUAGAGGGUUUCCAGGUCCUUGUGGAGAUGGAGUGGCUAGAUUUUGGCCAUAAGUUUGCUGAUCGGUGCAGUCAUGGGGAGAACUCAAAUGAUCUGAAGGAGUGUUGCUCAGUGUUUUCACAAUGGCUUGACUGCGUUCAUCAGCUUUAGAGGCAAUUUCCUUGCUCUUUUGAGUUCAAUGAAGCAUUCCUUGUGAAACUGGUGCAGCAUACCUAUUCCUGCCUCUUUGGAACAUUCCUGUGCAACAAUGCCAAGGAGAGAGGGGAAAAGCAUACUCAGGAACGAACAUGUUCUGUAUGGUCGCUUCUUCGGGCUGGCAACAAGGCUUUCAAAAACCUACUGUAUUCCUCUCAGUCAGAAGCCGUACUGUACCCUGUAUGCCAUGUGCGUAACCUGAUGCUGUGGAGUGCAGUAUAUCUGCCCUGCCCGUCUCCUUCUACCCCUGUGGAUGACAGCUGUGCACCAUAUCCAGUCCCAGGCACCAGCCCUGAUGAUCCUCCCCUGAGCCGCCUACCAAAGACUAGAUCAUUUGACAAUCUGACCAUAGCCUGCGACAGUACAGUACCUCUGGCCAGCCGGCGAAGCAGUGACCCCAGCUUGAAUGAGAAGUGGCAGGAGCACCGGCGGUCUCUGGAACUGAGCAACCUUGCUGGUCCUGGAGAGGAGCCUUCCGCUGACAGCCUAGGAAAGCCCAGCCGGGUGCCCGGGGGUGCUGAGCUGUCCGUGGCAGCUGGGGUGGCUGAGGGGCAGAUGGAGAACAUUUUGCAAGAGGCCACCAAAGAAGAGAGUGGGGCUGAAGAGCCUGCACACAGGGGUAGUGUGGAGAUGCCACAGAUCAAAGAGGAGAACAGGAUCGCAACUGAGGGCUCAGCCAUUGUACUUUACCAAGAAGCAGAGUUGGGGGUUGCUAUUCUGAGGAGCCAUCCAGACUCCAGCCUGUCUAUAUUCUCACAGGGUAUUCCUGAAGAGCAGGCUGGGCCCAGUGUUCUCUCCAGUUCACUCCAGGAACCCUACAGGGGAGAGGAUUCUCGGGAGGUUCCUUUGGAGCAGCCUCCAAUAGAGGAUAUUGCAGAGAACCAGGAGGAUGCAGCUCCUUCCAUCCCAGUAGAUGUAAAAGUUGGUUAUAGUACCUCACUGUCUAGUUCUCUGCCACCUUCCCAAGUCCCUUUUGAGGACCAAACAUGGACCAAACAUGGACAGUUCCAUGGAUAUGUUGAUAGAAGAUAAUGUGAAGUCAGAAAGUGGACCCCAAGUCCAUCGUAAGCCUUGCCUUGUUAUCACUGGCAGGUUCAGUGGCAAAGACGUGCUUCCCCCAGCACUGGAG